AUGACAGGGAAGGAGGGAGUUGUGCUCUCAGACACUGAGAAUAAACAGAAAUCCGCCUCACACAUCAGCGUGAACCACGGGGGAUCCCAGCAGCCGCCUCCAGUCUGGAAGAUGGCCCCCACGGUGCACCGGCGCAUCGGCUUUGGGAUCCAGGAGUUGCUCGGCCUCAACAAGGAGCCGCCGGCGGUGCCGAGGCGGCCGCUGGAGGCUCUGCCGCACAGUGCGCACGUCCUGGCCGCCAGGUCAGCCCUCGGACACGGGGGGCUCGGAGUCGGUAUGGGUUUGCUCGGACCAGAGGGAAUACACUCGUUUUACAGCCAACCUGCUUUUCUCGAGGUGUUGGCAGAGGCGCAAAAUGUGCACCUGCAGCCGCUGCACCGAGCGGCGCGCAUGGACACACAGAUGGAUGCGCAUCACUCCAGCUCCGAUUCUGACGACAUGAGUCUCUCCUCCGGUGAUCAGAAGUUCUCUAAAUCAUCAAUGAGUCAGAGCAAGAAACGGAAGAAAAGGCGACACAGAACCAUUUUCACUUCCUAUCAGCUGGAGGAGCUGGAGAAAGCUUUCAAUGAAGCUCACUAUCCAGACGUGUACGCCCGAGAAAUGCUCUCCAUGAAGACUGAGCUACCAGAGGACAGAAUACAGGUGUGGUUUCAGAACCGCAGAGCCAAGUGGAGGAAAAGGGAGAAGUGUUGGGGUCGCAGCAGCGUGAUGGCAGAGUACGGCCUGUACGGAGCCAUGGUCCGUCACUCCAUCCCACUGCCCGAGUCCAUCCUCAAGUCAGCCAAGGAGGGCGUCACAGACUCCUAUGCUCCGUGGUUAUUAGGUAUGCACAAGAAGUCAGUUGAUACCACACACACCUCUCCUGGAAAUCCCUGCAGCCUGACGCCACCACCACCACCACCACCACAGGAGAAACCAGUGGACAAAGUGAUGGAGGAAGAGGCGGAGAAACGGAUGAAAGACACUACUAACGUACCAAUUUCUAAAGAGUUACUGAGGGAGAACAGUAUUGCUGCACUGCGAGCUAAGGCGCAGGAGCACAGCGCUAAGGUGCUCGGGACAGUUUCCGACAGAACAAACGGCCACGUGACGCACAAAGAGGAAGCUGAGGACAAAGCGACGGAGCAGGAAACACUAGAGGUGGAGAAGUGUGACUGAAAAAGCUGCAGGAUACAGACUGAUGGUGAAAAUACCUGCAGUUCGCAAUUCAGAGGCAGAAGUCUUGUUUUAUUGCUUGAGUUUAACCUUGGUGCGUGUGGAGUCACCCACGAGCUGAACUUCAUACUGAUGAUCAAACCUGCAGAUCAAACGUCAUAAUCAUACAUGAAUAAAUGAGAAAUGAUUUUCUUUCUUCACUUGAGCAGUCAGGCAACAAAAGGUCAUUUGCUGCAACGAUUGUUGUUUCUUAACUCAACCAAUG